CUCCCCCCCCCCCCCCACCCGGCCUCCGAUUCUCUCACUCGCCCGCCAUUGUCAUUUCUUGUAAUAAAAUAUGACUUGCUAGUUCUUCCCAUUCAUCUCUUAUAUCUUCGCACCUUCGCUUUCAAUCGCAUAUCUGAAAAUCUGAUUGAUUCACAAAACAAUAAUAAGAAGAUAACCGAGUACAAAAUCAACUCGCAGAUUCAAUCGAAACUCUCUUCUUCCACCAUGUUGAUGCUUGUUGACUGCUCUAACUGCCGCACGCCACUACAGCUGCCGCCCGGCGCAAGGUCUAUCCGCUGCUCCAUCUGCCACGCCGUCACUCAAGUCGCCGAACCCCACCGCUCCUCCCGGUCGCCUCACUCUGCGGCUUUCAACCAACACGCGCCGCAUCACCCUUUACAGCACGCGCCGCCCGGACCUCUGCCACCGGCGCACGGAAGCAAGCGAGCUGUGAUCUGCGGCGUGUCCUAUAAGAACACUCGUUACGAGCUCAAGGGGUGCAUUAAUGAUGUUAAGUGCAUGAAGUACUUGCUGAUUAACCGUUUCAACUUCCCUGAGUCUUCCAUCCAAAUGCUCUCUGAAGAAGAACCUGAACUUUGCAAGCGGCCAACAAAGCAAAACCUGAGGAUGGCUUUGUAUUGGCUUGUACAAGGAUGUCAACCUGGAGAUUCCUUGGUGUUUCACUAUUCUGGUCAUGGUUCGCAACAGAGGAAUUACACUGGAGAUGAAGUAGAUGGAUAUGAUGAAACACUUUGUCCAUCAGACUUUGAAACUCAAGGAAUGAUUGUUGAUGAUGAGAUUAAUGCCACCAUUGUCAAGCCUCUUCCUGCUGGUUCGAAGCUUCAUGCAAUUAUAGACGCAUGUCACAGUGGCACUGUAUUAGAUUUACCAUAUCUUUGCAGAAUGGAUAGGUUAGUCCUUUUUGUAUCCUUUUAAAAUGAUAUUGGGAUGAAGUGA